GUGAAUGUUGAUGACACCGUUGAAAUGUUACCAAAAUCAAGAAGAGCUCUCACCAUUCAAGAGAUCGCUGCGUUAGCGCGAUCUUCCCUGCAUGGUAUUUCCCAGGUAGUGAAGGACCAUGUGACAAAGCCUACAGCCAUGGCUCAGGGCAGGGUGGCCCGCCUGAUAGAGUGGAAAGGCUGGUCUAAGCCUAUGGACACUCCAGCAGCCCUGGAAUCGGACUUCAACUCCUACUCGGACCUCACGGAGGGAGAGCAGGAAGCCCGCUUCGCUGCCGGUGUUGCAGAGCAGUUUGCCAUAGCGGAGGCAAAGCUGAGGGCCUGGUCGUCUGUGGACGGCGACGAGUCCAACGAUGACUCAUACGACGAGGACUUUCUGCCCGCCAACGAGCCCACCACACAGAGCACAGAUGUGUCAUCGUUUCCGCCUUACUUGAAGGACCUGAUCCACAGUCAGCUUUGCCAACAUCUGGGCCUGCGAGGGCCCUGUGGCGAGGGAGGAGGAGGAGGAGGAGGAGGCGGCGGCGGCGGCGGCGGCGGCGGCGGCGGAGAGGGAGGCGGCAGCGGAGAGCCCUCCCCCACGGCGGGCUCCCCGGACACCUUGGGCUCCAGCCUCUACAGCCUGGACGACCACCAUCCACUCCUGCGCGACCUGGGUGGCCACCGCAGCAACCACUCCUACAGCAACGCCGCCGAGCUCGCCGCCAAGAUCCUGGCGGCGCUGCAGGGAGGGGAGGAGCUGCUGCUGGCCCGGCUUCAGCGGGCGGCUCAAGGCGGGCGCGGCGGAGGCGGGGACUGCGGCUUCCACAGCCUGGGCGGGGGAGGGCGGGGCAUCAGGCCCUGCGGGGGUCAGGACUCUCCAUGCUACUCUUAUUCUGACACGUACCUGUCACCCGGCGAGGACGACGACACCCCCUGCAAGGACUAUGAGAGCACCGUGUGCCAGGUGGAGGCGGAGGGAGCGGAGUACCCGCCCGCCUACGACCCGCGCAGGAGGGUCUCCGAUGUGGCCUCCUCCGGGAUUGUGUCUCUGGAUGAGGAGGAUGAAGAGGAGGAGGAGGAGGAUGAAGAGGAGGAGGAGGAGGAGGAGGAGGAGGAGAGGGCAGGAGAGCCCAACAACAGUGUUUAAUCCCUCCAAGCGCUUUUUUCUUUUUUUUUUUGCAACAACCUCCCCUUUCCUCCAUGGCGUCUGAAAUGUUUGAACUGCCGCGCAUGCUGUUCCCCCCAAAGACUGAAACAUAAAACAUCCGUCUUUGCCUUACUUGCAGCAUUUCAACUCCUCCUUUCCACCUCGUGACUGCUUUGUCGCCAUUCGAUGUAUCAACUCUAUUUUCCUUGAAGGCGUCCAAACAAUCUUUUUUAUCGGUGUGAGAACUGGACAUCAGUCCAGCGACAGUGCUCCUGGGGAAGCACGCACGCGGGACGCGGCCUCCGUCUCCGUCUCCAUCCUGGCCGGCGGAGCGACUGUAAAAAAAAAUGGACGCCACUGACCGGGCAGACAGAAUGAGUCCGAAAGUCAACUUAUCUUUGCAUGUGUGUUGCAAGUGCUGAAAUCGACGGGCUGAGACGGUCUUGAGCACGGUUUGCAAUCUCAGCUGUCCUGUUUAACCCCCCCCCCGCCCACCACCCCCAGAUUCUACCAUGGGAGGGAGGGUCAUACACUGCGUCCUGGGACCUGCCCUUACCUCCCUCCCUCCCUCCCUCCCUCUCCCCUCCUUUGCAAGAGACAACAUAGCAUCCUCCUGGGCAUGGCUUGCUGAGUAUGCCAAACUAUCUAAUCCUGUCACUACCAAUUAUGAGCAAAUGCUGGAAUGUCUUGAAAAGUGACAGGACAUAGUAUGUAUUUUAAAAUAACAACGUUUAUAAAUGAAAAAGAUUUGUCACAAAUGAUAUAACAGAAAUGAUAUGCUUUUAUUGUACUAGUUUUCUAUCACUCAAACAUGUUGAUGUUCACAUUAUUCCAAACAUCAUUAUGAUGGACAUCUGCCAUAAUGACAACCAUAGCUACUGGAUAUUCUUAAAGGUUCUGUGGAUUCCUGCAUGGAAGACACAAGAACUGUGGUUGUCUUAAACAAAAAAACAACCGCAGCGACGACGACAAACACGAACCGAAUGUUCCUGAAGUGACCCUUCGGCGGUAGGUGAUCGGCAGAAAGCGGCGCAGGUGGAAAAAGACGGGAAAGUGUUUUUUCCGUGAAGAGAUGACGUUGCAUCGGAAGAUUUUCUAUAUUUUUGUAUGCGUUGUCUUGCUUUGAUCUCUUCGCCUACGCGGCGUGCCAGUGUAUGUGGUUUUUUGCACGAAGCUAAUGUGGCUGUAGAUUUCUCCUUUUCUUCGUUAUCACUGUGUGAUAUAGUUUACUGGGAAAAACAAGAAAAAGAAAAUAACAAUACAAAUGUGAACAAAAACGUUUUUAUUUCAAAAGAGAAUACUGUGAUACGGUUCGUUAAAGCCUUUGUCAUGAAGAGUCAAACUUCAAAAUGCUCUUUCCUCUCAUGUUAACUCCUGAAAAGCUUUGCCUUUUUAUUCAAUACUUUUCCUUCUUUUUUUAUGACAUUUGCAAAACGUCAUUGUUUAUGUGACACAUGAAGGAACUCCCAUGUCCGUGGGGAUGUGAGGAGCCCUGUUGAGGUUCUCCCAGAGGGACCGUCAUUCAUACAACUCAGGAAAAUCCCAUUGGACCAGAGCAUCACCCAUAACACCACCUGUCUCUCAUCCUCCAUGAGUGCGCUUGCGUGUGCGGUUUCGGUGUGUGUGUGUAGAAAAAGCCUGGUGUGCGUAGUUAUUUUCUACAAAUAAAGCACAGAUUCAGUCCCCACAUCCAUCUUUUAAUGUUUGACUGUUUAGCAGAGCCUCAACGUGCGAGUCCCUAUGUUUGCGAUUUGUGCAAAUGUGUGUGUGAAAUUGUGUGUGUGUGUGCGUGUGACUGUAUUGUAAGAUGUCAGCGAGCUCGUUAAGCUUGCCCUGUACAUCCAUUCCAAAACCCCUCCAAUGCAGCGAUUCCCUUUAAAACAGUGUGUGGUGUAGCUGAGCUCUCGUUGGAGGUUGAAUUUUUAAUGCUGUGAAGAAUAAAUAAAAGCAAAAGGUAUAUAAAUCUGGAAAAUUAUUUUGAAAAAUACAAACAGGAUGACAUCAGACUAAAUCCUACAUGUUAAACGAGGAGUCCCAGUCAGGGGGAGUUGGAAAAGACAGCGACAACUCAGGGGUGAAGCUGUGCCUUUCAUUCGUCACCUUUGACCUCCCAAGUUGUCCCAUCAUCAUCACCAUCUUCCACGCUGUCACUCAGGCCAUAGCUUGGCUUCCUUCCUCUUCUCCCUUGUUUUUUGUUCUUUUGUUAAAU